GCAAGCAAUCUAGUAGCUAGACUACAAAAUACAAUAAAGACUGUUCAUCAUGAUCAACACUUAUCCCAAAACCACCAACAAUAUGCAUCAUCCUCGCCAUCUCCCUAACCAUGCAGCCAUACCCCACCAACAUGGCGGCGGCGACCCACUCGACGAGUACGGAUUGAAGGACACCAACCCACAGCUUGGAGGAGGCCGAUCACGAUCAGCAUCAGCAGCAGCAGGAUGGUUGAAUAGCGACAUGAUGCUCUUCUCGUCGUCAUCAUCGUCAUCGUCUUCCGCCACAUUCGACCUCGUCGAGCAAAUGACAUACCUCUACGUUCGAGUAGUGAAGGCCAAAGACCUUCAUCCAACUAAUUCCAUCACGGGAAGCUGCGACCCUUAUGUUGAGGUCAAGCUUGGGAACUACAAGGGACGCACCAAGCACUUGGACAAGAAAUUCAACCCUGAAUGGAACCAAGUCUUUGCCUUCUCCAAGGACAGAAUUCAAUCCUCCAUCCUCGAAGUCAUCGUCAAGGACAAGGAAAUGGCUACCAGGCUUGACGAUUACCUGGGGAGAGUCGUGUUCGACCUCAACGAAAUCCCCACCAGAGUUCCACCGGACAGUCCUCUGGCUCCGCAAUGGUACAGGCUGGAGGACCGCCGGGGUCACGGCAAAGUCCGCGGCGAGGUAAUGCUCGCCGUCUGGAUGGGGACUCAGGCCGACGAAGCAUUUCCCGAAGCUUGGAACACGGACGCAGCUUCCGUGUACGGAGAAGGCGUGGUCAGCGUGAGAUCCAAAGUCUACGUCUCCCCCAAGCUCUGGUACCUCAGAGUGAACGUGAUCGAAGCUCAGGACGUAAUUCCAAGCGACAGAAACCGGAUCCCGCAGGUGUUGGCCAAAGUCCAGGUCGGAAACCAGAUCCUGAAGACGAAGAUCCACCAAAAUCCGACGAUCAAUCCCUUCUGGAACGAGGACUUGGUGUUCGUGGUUGCAGAGCCGUUCGAAGAGCAGCUGUGCGUAACCUUGGAGGACAGAGUUCAUCCUUCCAAGGACGAGGUCCUGGGGAAGAUUGCGAUUCCGUUGACCGCUCUGGAGAAGAGGCUCGACCACCGCCCCGUGCAUUCCCGAUGGUUCGACAUGGAGAAAUUCGGACUCGGGGGGGCUCUGGAAAGGAAGGAGAUGAAGUUCGCGAGCAGGAUUCACAUCAGGGUGUGUCUUGAAGGUGGGUACCACGUGAUGGACGAAUCCACAAUGUACAUCAGCGAUCAGCGGCCGACGGCGAGGCAGCUGUGGAAGCAGCAGCCCGUCGGGGUGUUGGAGGUCGGGAUUCUCGGAGCUCAGGGGCUUCUUCCGAUGAAGAUGAAAGAUGGCAGAGGGUGUACGGAUUCCUACUGCGUGGCCAAGUACGGCCAGAAAUGGAUUCGGACACGGACCAUUUUGGAGUCGUUUAAUCCCAAGUGGAACGAGCAGUACACAUGGGAAGUCUACGAUCCCUGCACAGUCAUCACUCUCGGAGUGUUCGACAAUUGUCACUUGGGAGCUGCCGGCGGGGGGAUUAAUAAUGGACGAGAUUCCAAGAUUGGGAAAGUUCGAAUCAGACUCUCAACCUUGGAAGCACAUCGAACCUACACAAACUCGUACCCUCUUCUGGUCCUUCAUUCGAGCGGGGUCAAGAAGAUGGGCGAGCUUCAGUUAGCCAUCCGCUUCACCACUCUGUCGCUCGCCAACAUGAUGUAUGUUUACGGACAUCCUCUGUUGCCGAAAAUGCACUACUUGCAUCCAUUCACUGUCAAUCAAGUGGAUAGCCUGAGGUACCAGGCGAUGAACAUUGUGGCGAUGAGGCUAGGGAGGGCCGAGCCGCCUCUGAGGAAAGAAGUGGUGGAGUAUAUGCUGGACGUGGACUCGCAUAUGUGGAGUAUGAGGCGGAGCAAGGCGAAUUUCUUCAGGAUAAUGUCGUUGAUCUCGGGUACCAUUUCGAUAAGUCGUUGGUUCAAUGAGAUAUGCCAGUGGAGGAACCCCGUGGCCUCGGUUCUGGUCCACAUCUUGUUCCUGAUCCUGAUCUGGUACCCGGAGAUGAUCCUUCCUACUGUGUUUUUGUACAUGUUCUUGAUCGGGAUGUGGAACUACAGGUUUCGAGCCAGGGUGCCGCCUCAUAUGGACACGAAGCUCUCAUGGGCCGAGGCGGUCAGCCCCGACGAGCUCGAUGAGGAGUUCGACACGUUCCCUACUUCCAGAGGUCAGGACGUGGUCAGGAUGAGGUACGACAGGCUGAGGAGUAUUGCUGGCAGGAUUCAGUCGGUGGUGGGAGAUGUAGCUACUCAGGGGGAGAGGUUUCAGUCGCUUUUGAGCUGGAGGGAUCCGAGAGCCACGAGCCUGUUUGUGGCCUUCUGCCUAGUUGCGGCUGUUGUGCUUUAUGUGGCCCCUUUCAGAGUUGUGGCACUUGUUGCUGGUUUGUACAGUUUGAGGCAUCCCAGGUUUCGAAGCAAGCUGCCUUCUGUGCCCAGCAAUUUCUUCAGGAGGUUGCCUGCUCGAAGUGAUGGCUUGCUUUAGAUUUUUCUUUCCACUUUCCAAUACAGGUUGUAUGUAUGUGACUUUGUAGUUUGUUCAGCUGUUGAGUUGCUAAUAUGCAUACGUUUGUUCUCUCUGUAGCAAAGUUGCAAACUGU